AUGUCUGGGAAAAUGAAGGAAAAAAUAAAAAUCCUGCAAGUGUCCAACAUUUCCGUCACUGCAACAAAGGACCAGAUUUUCACUAUGUUCCAGUACAUCGGUAGGAUCGAGGAAAUGAAGGUGUAUCCUUCUGAUAUGAAUAUCACCUCUGCAACAACUUCGAAAUGUGCAUUCAUCAAGUACGAUGACGAACGAGCGGUCGAAGUUGGCCAACAUCUUACAAACACUGUCCUUAUUGAUCGAGCUGUUGUUUGUGCACCGUAUCUCCAAAGUGUAAUUCCUGAUGAGGCAACGUUUACAAGUACUGGAGGACCAGUCACUGCUGGCCAAAGACAGUUACCUCCACAUGUGACGAACAGAGUUCAGGAACUGGAUGACGGCUCGUCGGUGUUGCUUACAGUGGAUCCACAAAUGGAGGCGCUUGGAUUACCGACAUAUCCGCCACUUCCUGGUAAUACUGACCUAGCGAAGGUGGAGGAAAUCCGACGAACUAUAUAUGUUGGGAAUCUUCCGAAAGGUGUUGAUGGUCAAGCUGUUCUUGAUUUUUUCAACAGUUAUGUUGGAGAGGUAAUGUACUUGAGGAUGGCCAUCGGGCCUGAUACUUUGCCAUGUGCGUAUGCUUACGUAGAAUUUACCAACCAAACUUCUGUACCAAUUGCUCUUCAGAAUAAUGGGAUAGAUUUCCAAGGAAAGCCGUUACGGAUUCAGCACUCCCGUGUUGCGAUCAUCAAGCCACAAGCAAAAUCUGCAGAUCAAGCGUUGGAAGAAGUAGAGGAAGCGAUUAGAAUGGGAAAGAAUGGACGGUCGCGUUCGCGUUCACCUCUUCGUCGGCGCCGUACACCAUCACCAUCUCCUCGUCGUAAGAGUAGAUCUCCUCGUCGUCGUAGAAGCCGAUCGAGGUCGAAGUCUCGUGAACGCAGAAGGAGUAGGACAAGGUCGAAAGAGCGUAAGAGAAGCCGUUCGCGCGAUAAAAAACGAAGUCGCAGUAGAGAGAAGCGGAGAAGUCGAAGCCGGUAG